UUCUGGUAGGGGGUGAGGGAAUGAUGUGCCUAACCUUGUUCGUUUUUAUUGGCAUAGUAGGUUUUUAUAAGUCAUGAUACUGAUAAGCGGUUUGCUAAUCAGCCCUAAUUAACCAAGAUUUCAAAAACUUUGUCCAUUAUUUAAAUAUCAUUUUGUGAAUAUGGCUAAUCGGUUAGAUAUUGUGCUGUUUGGAGCAUCUGGAUUCACCGGAAAGCAUUGUAUAGAAUCUAUAGAUAAAUUUAGCUCACUAGGUGGCAGUAAUGUUAAAUGGGGAAUUGCCGGUAGAUCCGAGUACAAACUGAAACAAUGCCUUUUAGACUAUCAGAAUAAGAGUGGUAAAGAUUUCAGUUCAAUACCAAUCAUUCUUGCUAAUGUAAAAGACUAUGAAUCUUUAAAAGCCAUGACUGCUCAAACCAAAGUGUUAAUAAAUUGUUGUGGACCAUAUCGUUUCUUUGGGGAAGCAGUUAUCAAAGCCUGCAUUGAAACUGGGACUCAUCACGUUGAUGUUUCUGGUGAACCACAAUUCAUGGAAACAAUGCAACUUAAUUAUAAUAAAGCGGCUCAAGAAAAGGGCGUUUACAUUGUAAGCGCGUGCGGAUUUGAUAGCAUUCCUGCAGACCUUGGAAUGAAUUUUGUAGAAAAAAAUUUUGACGGUACAUUAAAUUCUGUAGAAGUGUACAUGAAAAUGGACUCCAGCCAACACAAAGGGCCAUUCGCAAAUUAUGGCACAUGGGAGUCUUUAAUUCAUAGCUUAGUGCACGCACAUGAACUAAAAGAUCUACGAAAGAAAUUGUUUCCAACUCGGUUACCUGAAUUUUUACCAAAAUUAGCACCCAAACCUUCCAUCCAUAAAUUUGAGAUGACCAACACUUGGAACGUACCGUUCAUGGGCGCCGAUCGUUCGGUUGUAACACGUACUCAGCGUUACCUAUACGAAAAAAAAAAGAAAAGACCAGUACAGAUACAAAUGUAUUUUGGAUUUCAAUCAAUUGUUUCGAUUAUAUUAAUGGGUAUCUUUGAACGCAUAUUUUCAUUUCUUAUCAAACGUAAUUUUGGUAGAGAGUUGUUGUUGAAGUACCCAAGAUUCUUCUCAUAUGGUGUAUUUUCACAUGAAGAUUCCAUAGAUACGACAAAACACCAGAAAUGUUCCUUAACGUUUAUUGGUCAAGGAUGGAGAGGCCAAGCUGCUCCUGAGCAAGAUUCAUCUAAUAAUCCGCCGAAUGCAAAGAUUAUAGCACGCCUUUCUGCAGAUGAUCCUUUCUACGGACUUACAGCUGAUGCAGUUACGUUAGCAGCGAUGGUUAUUUUAGAAGGGAAUAAGUUACCUGAGAGGGGUGGUGUUUAUACACCAGGUGCUGUGUUUUUAGAUACUUCUCUAAUGGACCGUUUGCAAAAAAAUGGACGUUUAACUAUGGAAGUUAUCAGCCAAACAUAAGACGUUUCUCUUAAUUGUUAGUAUAUUGAGUACUUAUAUUUUUUCAGUUCCACAAGUAUACGAUUUGUUAUAUAAUGAUUUUUUUAAACUUUUUGUAAAUUGUUGUUACAAUGUUGUAUAUUGUAAAUUUGGUAAUUAAACGGUAAGGUAUACUGUC